GCUAAUGGAGCUUGUUUUUGAUAAAAUUUGAAUUGAAUGAAAUCGAUACUUCAACAAUGGUUAAAUGGAUCGUCUGUUUUAAUGUCCAUCAGAUUAUUGAUCUUGCAAUAUCGCCAUUUUAACAAAUGUCAAGAUAUUACAUCUUUUAAACAGUCUUACAAGUAGAGAGGAAAAUGAUUGUCAUCAAUUUGCUAUUCCUGACUUUAUUAAUUAAUGUGCAAUAUUGUUUAACUUAUUAUCUCAAUGAUUUUAUCAUCGGUGUAGUAACUGGUCCUAAUGGUGGGUUUGUUGAGAGAUCAUUCAAUGCAGCAUUGGAACAGUUAAAUUUAACUUCGAUAACAAUAAGUGAAACUAAAUGGAUUAGAGGAAGUAAUAAUACAGCUGUUAGUGAUAUUUGCGACUCGCUGGUAACUCGAUCGCAUCAAUAUCCAUCGCUCAUCUUUGAUUUUACACCUCAAUCAGUGGAUAAUGAAAAUGGCCAAUUUUCAACUGCUAUUAAAAAAUACUCGCGACUAUCAGGGACUCCAACGGUCAGUACAAGUCUUUCCCUUGGAGCUACCAAGAACCCAUGGAACCGUCUUAAUUCAAUCGAAAACAAUUAUCUUAUUCAUUUAUAUCGACCGGGUGAUGUGAUUCCAAUGAUUAUCCAAGAUAUAAUAACUCUUUACAAUAUAACAGAAGCUGUCAUCCUCCAUGACCAAUCAUUUAUUUUAGAUCAUAAGUUAACUGGGUUGUUGGAUAAAUCGACGGUUGAUUAUGAUGUUAAACGACUGGACGCUGAUACCUUGGAAGACACAAUGAACGAAUUAAAAGCUUCUAAAGUCCAUAAUUAUUUCGUUUUGGCCAAAAUCGCUAAUAUUGAUAGGAUUCUAGAAAUGGCUUCUAGUUUGGGAAUGUUUAGAUUUGCUGAUUCCUGGUUCAUGAUUACCAAGGGAAGAGGCCAAAUAAAGUGUGACAAUUGCACUCAUGGAUCAAUCCUUCUCUAUCAGCCAUCACGAGUCAAGUCCAUUGAAUACGAUCAUUCACCAGGUUUGAACAAUAUCUCAAAGGAAAAAAGAAUUGAUGCUUUCUUUAUUUAUGAUCUGGUUCGUUUAACCUUAAUGAGUGUGGAUGAAAUGGUGAAAACAAAUGUUUGGCCAAUUAACUUAACAUUUCCUGAUUGCGGCAAAUCGUUAACUACACGUCAAAUAGAUGAAAGAAAAGGGUUAAAUCUUAGAGAUCAGAUGUCAUUAGAAGGUUUCUUUGGAUUAUUUGGUCAGUUCGUUAUAUCUCCUUCAACAACUCCAAAUCCCCUUUCUAACCAGCUUUCAGAUGGUUUUGAUCAAUUCAUUGAUUACCAAGAGAUAAUUAUGAGAGUUUCAAAAGUUGAACUAUGGAAUUACCAACCUUUUCGUUAUUACCUGGUCAGUGAAUGGAUUGCAGAACCACCAAGGGGUCGGUUUAUUUUAACUGGAGCCAUUCAAGCAGCUUCAAAACCUUUAUACAGAAUAGUCACAAUUCAGCAACCACCUUUUGUGAUGAAAUGGCCGAACGGUACUUGGUAUGGAUACUGUAUAGAUUUACUUGAGGCAAUUCAAGAUCGACUUGCUGAAGAAGAUAAGUUCGACUAUGAAUUAUAUGAAUCUCCCGAUGGUAAAUAUGGUGAUAAAGACCCAACAACCGGCAAAUGGGACGGCAUAAUGGGAGAGAUACAAUCUGACAAAGCUCAGAUUGGGAUAGGUUCUGUAACGGUUAUGGCUGAAAGAGAGUCGAUUGUAGACUUUACGGUUCCUUAUUACGAUCUCGUUGGAAUAUCAAUCCUGAUGAAAAAAACAACAACACCUUCACAUAUGUUUAAAUUUUUAACAGUCUUGACUAAUGAAGUUUGGUUGUCAGUCCUUGUAUGUUAUCUCGCCACCUGUGCUGCUAUGUUCAUCAUUGAUAGACUGAGCCCAUACAGUUAUCGUAACACAAAGAAUAAACGCAAAGAUCAAAAUGCUUCUCGAGAUUUCAAUUUAAAAGAGUGUUUCUGGUUUUGUAUGACAUCGUUGACACCACAAGGUGGAGGUGAAGCUCCUAUCAACUUAUCGGGACGAUUUGUUGCAGCCAUUUGGUGGAUAUUUGGUUUUGUAUUGGUUGCUACUUAUACUGCUAAUUUAGCUGCUUUCUUGACAGUUUCCCGUCUUGAUUCACCAAUUGAUGGACUUGAUAAAUUAGUUGAACAGUACAGAAUCAGAUAUGCACCAGUAAAGGAUACCCUAUCAAUGAUUUACUUCAAAAGAAUGGCUUAUAUUGAAAAGAAGUUUUACGAAAUCUGGAAAGAUAUGGCUCUUGAUGAAAAUUUAGAUAAAAAGGAAAGAGGCAAACUAACUGUCUGGGAUUACCCUUUAACGCAAAAAUAUUCAAAUAUAUUAAAACAGAUUGAAAUGACUGGAAUGCCUAAAACUUUUGAAGAAGGAGUUGCACGAGUUAAAAAAUCGAAAAACUCAGCUGAAGGUUUUGCAUUGCUUGCUGAUGCAACCAAAAUACGUUAUGCUGCAAUGACAAAUUGUGACUUACAGCAAGUUGGCAAUGAAUUUAGUCGAAAGCCUAUUGCAUUGGCAGUUCAAGAAAAUUCACCCUUGAAAGACAAAUUAAGCUCAGCUAUAUUGAAGCUUCUUAAUCUACGUAAAUUGGAAUCACUGAAGGAAAAGUGGUGGAGCAAUAAUCCUGAAAAAGCAGAUUGUGAAGAUCCAAAGAAAGCUAGUGAUGGAAUCAGUAUCAGAAAUAUUGGUGGUGUUUUCAUCGUAAUUUCUGUUGGUGUUGUUCUUGCUUGUAUAACCUUAAUCUGGGAACAUUGCAUCGUUAAAAAAUUCAGAAAGUCAUCAGCUAAAGUAUCAAAUGUUUUCAGACAAGAAAUUGGAAAGAAAGAAUCUUCAAAACUCUAUAAUUUUCCAAUGCCAUACAACCCAAAGAUGAAGGAAAAGAUAUAAAUUACCAUAAAAGAAUUAAUUUUAUCGCGACUCAAUUUCUUCGAAUAUUUGUGGCUAUAUAACAUUUAUUCAAUCAUGUUGAUCCAAGUGUUACAAACUGAAACAUAAUGAAAAGUAGUAGUUUCACUGAUUCGAUUGGCACUAAUUUUUGUAACAUGUUGAAAAUUAAAGAUAAAAAUAUUCGAGUUGAUGAUAAA